AUGGUACUUAAGGACAGCCACUACCAGAAGAGGGAAUUCUCUCGACUUGUCAGCUCCAUCUAUGAUCCCCUUGGAAUGCUGAGCCCUGUUUGUUUUAACAGCGAAGAGGAUCUGCAGGAGACCUGUUCUGAAGCCCAGGAGCUGACUAUAGUCAAGAUGUCUAAGUUUGGAGGAGGCAUUGGGGCUCCCAGUAAAGAGGAGAGGCUGAAAGAGGCAGCAGACAUCCAUCUGAGAUUGGGACAGAUUCAACGAUACUGUGAAUUAAUGGUGGAGCUUGGACAGUGGGAGAAGGCUUUAGCUGUGGCUCCAGGAGUUUCCAUGAAGUACUGGAAGAAACUGAUGCAGAGGAGAGCCGACCAGCUGAUGGCUGAGGAUAAUGAUGACGCUAUCCCAUACUGCAUCGCUACAGGAGACAUCAAAAAACUUGUAACCUUCUUCACUGGCAGAGGACAGCUGCUGGAGGCUGCACUGAUAGCACAGGGAGCAUGUGAAGGCAACGUCUGUGCACCUCAGAGCUCCCCAGUCAACCAUACAACUAAUGAUGUGGACGGUGUACAACAGUACCAGAGUCUCCUCCAUCAGGUGUGUGAGGAGCUUGCCGAGUGGUACUUCCAGGACGGGUGCUCUGUCCUGGCAGCGUGUUGUCACCUGGCUGUGGACAAUGUCCAGUUAGCCAUGUCCAGUCUGAUCCGAGGGAAUGAGCUGGAGCUGGCUGCAUGUGUGGGCAUCGUUCUGGGAGAGGCAGCCAAUCAGAGCACUGUGUACUGUCUUGAACUCUUGGCGAGGAAGUACAUGACCACACCCACAUGGGAGGUGUCAGCUGACUUGCUGCACAUGAUUCCAGACAACUACAUCUUAUUGGCUAAGCUGUGUGCAUUUUACCCAGGAAGUGCUGAUGAGAUCAACCAAUUACAUGAAAGGUGUGGUCUCCCCUUGUCAGAGGAGUGUGAGGCCUUGGCAGAGGUAGCCAUGUCUGAAGGAGACCUGUUCUCAGCUGUUCAGUUCCACCUGCUGAGCUCUGAGCCUGAGGCUGCUCUGCACAUAGGGAUAGAGCACGUCAAAGAACAAUUGACUGGAUCUGAUUGGACGGUGGACAGUGUUCAGCCAAUCCUAGACCUGAUGAGUUACAUCAGGACCGACCGCCUCAUCAUGGCCAAGCUGACUGAAGCCCGCAGUGAGCUGUUGAUCCUGUGUGGUUAUAUUGGCGGUCUACUGGCCAUCAGAAGACAGUACUCCAGCAUCGUACCUGCACUCUACGAAUAUACCAGUCAGCUGCUGAAGCGCAGGGAGGUGUGUGUCCCUCUGAAGAUCGAGCAGCUGUCUGUGGAGCUGGAUGCCUGGAGGGCCUGCACACAGAGUAACAGCAACAGUCCUCCAUCAGAGCGUCAGAAAGAAGAGUUCAGCCGCCUCCAGAGGAGGAUCCAGCCCACAGACCCCGCUGCGCUGGUCCUGUGUGGAGCUGAUUAUGUGACAGGCUCCAACUUGCCGAGCCACUCAGAUGUUCAGCUGUCCUGCUUCACUGGACACAGGAUACAGGGUCCAGUGUUUGUGUUGGAGGACAGUAAAUCAGCAAUCUCCCACAACGACGCACUGAUGUGGGCUAAAGUCAACCCCUUCUCCCCACUGGGAACAGGAGUCCGCAUCAACCCAUUCUAACACACACACACACACACACACACACACACACACACACACACACACACACACACACACACACACACACA